AUGAAGCUAGUCUCCUCCGUGUUGUUCGUCCUGCUCAGCUUGCCGAUGUGCAGGUCUUCCCCGCUGCAAGACACAUGCAGGUCCUUCGCCGCCGGCCACCCAUCCAUCGGCUACGACUACUGCAUUAGGAUCUUCCAGGCCGACAAGGCCAGCGCCGAGGCCACCGACGCGCGCGGCCUCGCCGCCAUCGCGGCCAGGAUCGCCGAGGCAAAGGCCAACGCGACGGCCGCGCGCAUCGAGGCCAUGAGCGCGCUCGAGAGGGACGCGAGGAGGCGGGACCGCCUGUCCGUGUGCGCGGAGGUAUACUCGGACGCCGUGGACCAGCUCGACCAGGCAGAGGAGGAGCUCGCCCACGGCGCGGAGGGCGUCAUCGACGACGCAGUCACGCAGCUCAGCGCGGCGCUGGACGCGCCCGAGACGUGCGAGGACGCGUUUGGCGAGGCCGACGACACGUCGCCGCUGGCCGCGGAGGACGCCGAGUUCAAGAACCUGGCGACCGUCGCUCUCGCCGUCGCGGCGUCACUGACGCCGCCACCAUCAAUGCCAAGGCCAAAGAUUAGUGAUUAA